AUGUUGGAUGAAUGUUUUCACAAAAUAUUAUUUGCAUAUGGAAUUCAUUCAACACAAAGAGCAGAAGAAAGUCAUGGCUGUUUAGAAAAGGCAAUUGAAGCAGCAAGUGGGUUAGAUCAACAUGAUUUAGUACCUAUAUUGCCUUUAUCCUUGUUAUCUGAAAUAGCCAUUAAUAAGGCUUUAUAUAUAUUAGAAGAAAAAUAUAAAAGCUUAAAUGAUUGUGGGUCAAAAGCUACAUUUUUGAAUAAAAUUAAUACUUUAAUUGAUAAAAAGAUUAUAACUCCAAAAGCAUCAUUACAUAUUGAAAAUAGGGGCCAACCAACUUCUACUAAACGUGAUCUUUACUUAGUAGAUGGCCCUUGUAUAUUCAAGCACUGGAUGCGAAUGCCACAGAUGGGAGAUGUUAUAGCUAAUGUAUACCAAAGGCCAUUAUACUUUUUUUUACUACAAAUUAAUUUUACUUUUCUUCCAUAUUACCAACUAUUAAAUCAAAAUGAAGCUCUUGCAAUAGCUAUUGUUAAUAAUAAUUACUAUGUGGCUAUUAUAUUAAAACCUG